AUGGCGCCUCCGGGAUCCAUCAGCAACCUAGACUGGGAACCCAGUUUCGACACCAUCGCCGUCCAUGGCGGACAGGAACCCGACCCGAUCAACGGCUCCAGAGCGGUGCCCCUCUACCAGACUGCAGCAUACAACUUCUCCGACGCCGCAGAUGGAGCGAGCAAGUUUGCGUGGUCGAGAGAAGGGUACGUCUACACGCGUAUGGGCAACCCCACGAACACCGUCUUCGAGAAUCGGAUGGCUAUGUUGGAAGGUGGCAGUGGAGCCGUGGCGACGGCAUCGGGCCAUGCCGCACAGUUCAUGGCUAUAACACAAUGCUGCGAGCCAGGACAUAACUUCGUCAGCACCAGUUGGUUGUACGGAGGCAGCUUCAACCAGUUCCGGGUCUACCUGAGGAAGUUCAAGAUCGAGGUGAAGUGGGUGAUCGGCCACGAUCCCGCCAAGUUCGACGAGGCCGUCGACGAGAACACGCGAGCGAUCUACAUCGAGACCAUCAGCAACCCGAAACACAGUGUCCCGGAUAUUGAAGCCAUUGCCGCAGUCGCGCAUAAGCAUGGCAUCCCGUUGAUCGUCGACAACACCUUUGGCAUGGGAGGGUACCUGUGCCAACCCAUCAAGCUCGGAGCCGAUAUCGUCACCCACUCGGCGACGAAAUGGAUCGGCGGCCACGGCACCAGCAUGGGCGGGAUCGUCAUCGACGGCGGCCACUUCGACUGGAGCGCCUCGGGCAAGUUCCCGGGGUUCACGGAGCCCGCUGAGGGCUACCACGGGAUGCGAUUCUGGGACACGUACGGCAAGAAGGCUCUGGCGGCGAAGGUACGCAUGGACAGCAUGCGUGAUCUGGGCCCGUGCAUGAGUCCCUUCAACGCGUGGCUCUUCAUCCAGGGCCUAGAGACACUGCCUCUUCGAGGCAAGAGGCAUAACGAGAACACGCAAAAGCUGGCUGAGUGGCUGGAGGCACACCCGUGCGUCAACUGGGUGCUGUAUCCGGGGCUGAAGUCGCAUCCCGACUACGAGCUUGCGAAGAGGGUCUUGCCCAAGGGCGCAGGUGGUGUGCUGACCUUCGGAGUGGCCGGGAAAGUCGAAGAGGUACGCGCCGUGGUCGACAACCUGAAGAUGGCCAGCCACCUCGCCAACGUCGGCGACUGCAAGACCCUCAUCAUCCACCCGUGGGUUACAACGCAUCAGCAGAUGCCCGAUGAGGAGAAGAUCAAGGGUGGCGUCACGCCCGACCUGCUGCGCGUCAGUCUCGGUAUCGAGGACUUUGAGGAUAUAAAGAAGGAUUUCGAGCAAGCAUUUGCUGCCGCCGGCUUGCAGCAGGCCGACAAGUCGGGCGCGGAUCCGUUCUCGACGGCGAUGAAUCUGGUCAGUGGAGGGUUCAUGGGGAAGAUGUCGACGGGUGCCCCAAGACCCGGCACGGAUGGUACGGUGCAGCAUUGA